ACGUAAAAAUAUAUGCGUAGAAUGUAGUGUAUUGACAGUGACUGUUGACAUUUGACAGGCUACGUCAAGUAGGUUGGCAACAUUGUGGAUUCUAGCCUUUUUCCGGCUCUCUGUGGCACUGAAAGCCUCAAGAUGAAGCAAAUUGUUGCAAAUCAAAAAGUUAAAAUCCCUGAGGGGCUGACAGUCCAUGUGAAAUCACGGCUUGUAACAGUAAAAGGCCCGCGAGGUGUAUUAAAGCGAAACUUCAAACACUUAGCAGUUGAUAUUCGUAUGGUGAACCCACGGUUGUUGAAGGUGGAGAAAUGGUUUGGAUCUAAGAAAGAACUAGCAGCAGUACGCACUGUAUGCUCUCAUGUUGAAAACAUGAUCAAAGGUGUGACCAAGGGAUUCCAAUACAAAAUGCGAGCGGUAUACGCUCACUUCCCCAUCAACUGUGUCACAACUGAAGGCAAUUCAGUGAUUGAAAUCCGUAACUUCCUUGGUGAAAAAUUCAUCAGAAGGGUAAAGAUGGCUCCCGGUGUUACAGUAGUCAACUCGCCCAAACAGAAAGAUGAACUUAUCAUUGAAGGCAACUCCCUGGAGGAUGUGUCGAGUUCUGCAGCCCUUAUCCAACAAUCCACAACAGUGAAAAACAAGGAUAUCAGAAAGUUCUUGGAUGGACUCUAUGUGUCUGAGAAGACAACUGUUGUACUGGAUGAGAUAUAAGUGUAUUAAAAUAAUAGGCUGAAA